UGUUGCAGUUGGUUCAGUCCGUUUGCCGACAGUAGCGUGUUCACCCAGAGUCUGUGUAUCAAUCACAGCACAACAGAGCUGUCUUUUUCCAUUACAGUCAACUCAUUUAUUGUUUAUUAAAACCAAAAAGAGUCGUUUAGACUAUAAUAAUGUCUGCACCAAAGAAAGGAGACUUGACCGACACGGAAAAGGAGCUUCUUCAAGUUAUUGCUGCAGGUAAUGUGCAGGAAGCCUCUAGACUCAUUGGAUCCAAAGACGUCAGGGUAAACUGUCUGGAUGAGUAUGGCAUGACCCCUCUCAUGCACGCUGCGUAUAAGGGCAAGGCAGACAUGUGCAAACUGCUGCUGCAGCAUGGAGCCGACGUCAACUGCAACGAACAUGAACAUGGAUACACCGCACUCAUGUUUGCAGGACUCUCAGGAAAGACAGAUAUCACCUGGAUGAUGUUGGAUGCUGGGGCUGAGACAGAUGCAGUGAACUCAGUCGGUAGAACAGCAGCACAGAUGGCUGCUUUUGUAGGGCAGCAUGACUGUGUGACAGUCAUCAACAACUUCUUCUCCCGGGCAAGAUUGGAUUACUACACAAAACCACAGGGGCUGGAAAAGGAACCAAAACUGCCUCCUAAACUUGCUGGACCACUGCACAAAAUUAUAAUGAGUACCAACCUUAAUCCCGUAAAGAUAGUGAUGGUGGUGAUAGAAAGCCCUCUGCUGAUGGAUGUGGAAGCACUUGAGAAGUGCCGCAAGGUUCUGGAGCUGAUCUGUGAGAAGUGCAUCAAACAGCAGGAUAUGAAUGAGGUGUUGGCCAUGAAGAUGCACUACCUCAGCUGUGUGCUGCAGAAAUGUGGCUCGUUCCUGAAAGAGCGACAGGACAAACUUGAUGGCCUAAUCAAGAGUCUUUUGAAAGGACGAGACGGUGAUGGCAUCCUGGUAUUCCAGGAGAAGUUCAUUCGGGAGUGCAUUAGGAAAUUUCCAUACUGUGAUGCCACAUUAUUGCAGCAGCUGGUCCGGAGUAUCGCUCCAGUGGAAAUUGGAAGUGACCCCACUGCUCUGUCAGUGCUCACGCAGGCCAUCACGGGUCAGGUGGGUUUCAUGGACGCAGACUUCUGCACAACCUGUGGUGAGAAAGGAGCGGAGAAAAGAUGCUCCAUCUGCAAAAUGGUGAUCUACUGUGAUCAAGCCUGUCAGAAGAUGCACUGGUUUAGCCAUAAAAAGAUCUGUAAGAUGUUACAGGAGCAGAGAGAGAAACACGAAGCAGAGUCUGCAUUACGGCUACAGAAACAGGCCAAAGCUGAGGCCGAUCAAGCGUUGGAGGAGACGACCGGCACUAUGGAGGAGCUCUCUCUCAGUCAGAGCGAGACCAGCUCCUCAGAAAACCAAACCCAAGAUGUUACCUCAGAGACCGUCUCUGUUACUGCAGACUGAAUCACGAAGAAGCAACCAUUUCAACUCCGCAAACCGUCACUCUCAUCUUCAUUGAAGACUGUCUGCGAUCCGUGAUGCCGUCCAGAGCUUCUGAAGGUUUCUUCUUAAUUCUCCUUCUGGAUUCUCUUCUGAAAGCACAUAAUGUAGGAGAAAACCACAAAAAGCAUUCCCACCAAAUUCGCAGGGAGAAUGGUCUACAAGUGACAAAAUCUAAAUGUUUUUUUUCCGUUUGAAUGUUUUAAAUAACCUUUUUACAUUAUGUUGGCCAUCUAGAUGUAUUUAUUUAUGUGGAAAUCAUGUGUUGAGCGUCUUGUGCGUGAUGCAGGUUUUGUUUUAGGACAGAUAUUAUAAUAUAUUGCGACAAGACAUUGCUACCUAUGCCUUAAUAUUUAGUUUGUUCUUCAACAAAGGAUCAAAUUAAUAUAUGGCAGCAGUUUACGUGAGUUUAUUAAUCUGUAGCAGUAUUUUUGGAGAGGCCAGAUACUGAAAUACAGUAAAAUGGUUUCGCAAAUUAAAUAAAUACAUUUUCUGUCUGCAAGUUGUAACUAAUAGAUCACAUGUUCUUUGAGGAACAUAUGUCAAAAAUUAAAUAGCACUCACAGUACAAAUAUUUCAGAAAACGCGUUAGUCGUGACCAUGUUUAUUGAGUUUGAAAUGACAACGUAUGAACUGUUUUUCAUUGAUUUAAACCACUUGGCCUUGUCAAAUGUUCCAUCGU